GAGGCACCAACCCAUCAGAACUCAUACUUCGUCCUGGCGAAGAGGUGUCCAAGACAGGAGCUGGGGACCCAGAGCUGAUCUAGGAGGCUGGGAGCUGGGGGACAGCAUGACCCCAAAGAGAGCUGUGCGGCUGUCCCUGAAGACACCUACCCAUGCCGUGUGUGUGGUGGGAGUCGUGACACUUGUGGACAUUCACAGUGAUGUGCCCAAGGGUGCCAGCAGCUUCGGGGUCUCUGGGAGCUCUGGUGUGGAGGUCUUCAUGGCCUGCAAUCGCACACACGUGACAAAGCCCAUAGGCAAGGCCAGCUGGCCCCUGGACACCGAUGCAGACGUGGCCGUAUCUGUGGGCACAGCCAGUAAGGAAUUAAAGGACUUCAAGGUGAAGGUCUCCUACUUUGGGGAGCAGGAGGGCAGAGCCCUGGGCCACAGUGUGCUUUACCUCACUGGCGUCGAUAUUUCCCUUGAUACCGACACGGGCCGCACAGGCAAGGUGGAGAGAAUCCAAGGGGACAAGAAAACCUGGCGCUGGGGCCCUGGGGGCUACGGGGCUAUCUUGCUGGUGAACUGUGACCGGGACGAUCACAGGUCCACGGAGCCUGACCUCACCCAUAGCCAGCUGAGGUCGCUGGCUGACCUGCAGGACAUGUCCCCACUGGUGCUGAGCUGCGAUGGCCCCGACAAGCUCUUCGACAGCCACAAGCUUGUCUUGAAUGUGUCCUUUUCUGAUUCCAAAAGACUGAGGGUCUUCUGUGCUCGGGGUGGGAAUUCUCUCUCCGACUACAAGCAGGUGCUGGGGCCCCAGUGUCGGUCCUACCAAGUUGAGCGGCAGCCGGGGGAGCAGGAGGUCAGGUUCUACGUGGAGGGGCUGACCUUCCCCGAUGACGACUUCCUGGGGCUGGUUUCCCUCAGUGUCUGCCUGGUGGACGCGAGGGCCCUGCUCGAGGUGAUCCUCUUCACAGACACUGUGGUCUUCCGCGUGGCCCCCUGGAUCAUGACGCCGAAUACUCAGCCUCCCGAGGAACUGUAUGUGUGCAGUGUGGUGGACGACCACGGCUCCAAUGAGAAAUUCCUGGAGGACAUGUCUUACCUGGCACUGAAAGCCAGCUGCAAGCUGGUCAUCUGCCCUCGGGUUGAAAAUCGAAAUGACCGCUGGAUCCAGGACGAGAUGGAGUUUGGCUACAUCGAGGCCCCUCACAAAUCCUUCCCCGUGGUCUUUGACUCCCCCCGGAACAGAGGCCUGAGGGAUUUCCCUUAUAAGAGGAUCCUGGGUCCUGACUUUGGAUACGUGACCCGGGAGAUCCCAUUCGCUGAUCCCUCCAGCCUUGACUCCUUUGGCAACCUGGACGUCAGCCCGCCUGUCACGGUGGGCGGCAUGGAGUACCCGCUGGGCCGGAUCCUCAUUGGGAGCAGCUUCCCCAAGUCCGGCGGCCGGCAGAUGGCCAGGGUGGUGCGGAACUUCCUGAAGGCCCAGCAGGUGCAAGCACCCGUGGAGCUCUACUCGGACUGGCUCGCCGUGGGCCACGUGGACGAGUUCCUGACCUUUGUGCCUACUUCUGACCAAAAGGGCUUCCGGCUGCUCCUGGCCAGCCCCAGAGCUUGCCUCAAACUCUUCCAAGAGAAGAUGGAAGAGGGCUACGGGGAGGCGGCCCAGUUUGAUGGGUUAAAGUACAAGGCAAAAAGAAGCAUUAAUGAGAUGUUGGCGGACAGACGCCUCCAGAGAGACAGUCUUCAUGCACAGAGAUGCAUUGACUGGAACCGUGACGUGCUGAAGCGGGAGCUGGGCCUCGCGGAGAGUGACAUCGUGGACAUUCCCCAGCUCUUCUUCCGGAACGGCUCGUAUGCAGAAGCCUUCUUCCCAGAUAUGGUUAACAUGGUGGUCUUAGGCAAGUACCUGGGCAUCCCCAAGCCCUACGGGCCCAUCGUCGAUGGUCGCUGCUGCCUGGAGGAGAGGGUGCGGUCCCUGCUGGAGCCGCUGGGCCUGCACUGCGUCUUCAUCGACGACUACUUGUCCUACCACGAGCUGCUUGGGGAGAUCCACUGUGGCACCAACGUGCGCAGGAAGCCCUUUCCCUUCAAGUGGUGGAGCAUGGUGCCCUGAGCCUGCCCCCACUCGCCAUCCUCUCUGCCCUCUUGCUGGUGACCCUGUCAGGGUGAGGGCAAGGAACAACCACCUGGCUUCCAUUCUCUUGGGGAAGCCUUGGCACUUUGCAAACAUCCUGGCCACCGUGGGCACCAGGGCACAGGGAUGGGUACCACCCACCCUCGCCUCUAGAGUGGCCCACCCAACCCAAGAAGCACGCACCUCAUUCUUCCCGCACCUCUUCCCCACCCACAGCCUCCAGAGGCUCUGGAUCAACACUGAGUGUGCGGGAGAACGCUGUGGGUGGCCUGGGCAGAUGGGCCCCACUUUGGAUUGCUCCCCCUCCGUUCUGAUGCCUCCCUGGGGACCAAGGAUAAUGACUUUGUGUCUGCGCCAGGAAUGGGGCCUGGGGGACCUGGGGUCUGGUGUGCCAGGCACCAGGCUGCCUCUGCUCUUGGAAGACCAGGGAAGGAGGUCAGAUUCCUGUCCAGCUUUCUUCUCCCAAAAGGGACCCAAGACUGUGACGCUUACCUCCACCCUCAUCCAGCACCCUUCAGCUGUGUGUGGACAAAUAAGGACAGAAAAACCCCGUGUCCAAGGGCCGAUUUUAAAAAGAAAAAAAAAAAGACAACAAAAUUUUAAUAACUGACUCCGACCUCAGAAGAGUGCUUGUUACCUUUCUGGAAAGCCUUUAAUUACCAGAGCAGGCUUCUCCCAGCUCAGAAAUGCUGAGAGGUCAAUGUGAGGCCAGAGGAUCCACAAAGGAAGACGGGGCAGGAGGGACGAGGUCAGGAUGGCAGAGAAGGCAGAGUGUGUGACGAUGGAUCUUGGGCCCAGAGGCGUCCAUGGCCUGGGGUUCCUGGGCUGGGAUUUUGGACUCUGGAUUUGAAGGGAGCUGGCACUUCCAGAUGUAGCAGGGGUGGGGGCCCAGAUGUUAGAAGAGGCUGUGUGUGUGUGUUGGGGAAAUUAGGUUAUCUCUGAAGGUGGAGUUUAAUUUCCUUUAAUGGCCUUUAAUGAUUCCCUUUCAUUCUGUAGGCAGUGGGAGGGGAAGACUGGCCCGGUCUCUCUUGGCAACCCAGGGACCCUGCACAUAGCUUGGGUUUCACCUCCUGAAUAAACCGCUGUGGCAGUCCCACGUCCCCUCCCACAGUAGGGAAGACAGCUGCCACGGGAGGUUAAUAGCCCUGGGUGAGGUCACUGAGACAUGCACAGGCAAGCUGGCUCAGCGGGGCUGCAGGGCCCGGGCAGGAGGAAGCCAGCCUAUCCUCUUCCCCCGAUGCCAGUGAGGCCAGUGUAGGGCAGUUGGCCCUAGGGCCUCUGCUCAUCUAGGUUUUUGGUGGCCCCUGGUGAGACCUCACACUGAGCCCACUACUGUCACUCUUCUCACCAACAAAAGCUAGCCUGGAACUGCUGGGGUUAAAGUGGGUGAGUGGGAACCUGAAUAUCCCCUUCUGGAAGGUUCUAUAGAACCCCAUUUGUAAGCUCCUGCUUCAACCUGAGCACCCUCUGCUCAGGUUCAUACCCCAGCCUGCGCUGAGUCAAGAAGGAGGAGGAGGCUCUGCAGGGGCCGAGGGUGUGAGCUGGGGCUGGGAUUCCCCCGAGAAAGAGCUAAGGGUUGGACGGGAGUGGGCAUUGCAGAGAUGGGGCUGGGGGUCGGGGCCACACUGCGUGUGGGAAGCUCUGGAGUUGCUGCUGGGCCACCGAGGGGCCUGGUGCUGGCUCUGAGAAUGUUCUGGGUGACGAGUCACCUCCAUUCUGAUCAAUAAAACUGUCGACGUGCAUUUCUUA